AUGGCCACGGGCUAUGAUCGCGGAGCUCACUCCCAGGUUGUGCAGAACAGCCUUCAAGCAAGACUGGAUUCCAAGGAGAUCCCAAAGUGGGUUUGCGAAUGUGGCGCCGCCAACCUGUCGACCUGGAGUCACUGCACGAAAUGCGGCAAAGCUCCACGCGAGGACAGGGAGAUGAGGAUGCAGGCACGUGCAGUCCAAGGCCUCGGCCGAGGUGGAGGCUACUUCGAGCGCACCACCACCGCCGAGAAAAGGGACAGCGAGGACCUGAGAAAAGUCAAAGGCGGCCUGGACAUCUACGGUCGAACCCGCACCGGCGACAACUCUCCAAAACUCUCGCCCGCGCGGCAUCGUAGCCCUCCAGAAGGAGGACCACGCAACGGCCUCGAUGCAAUCGGAACGGUGCCUUCAAAGACAGAUCGACAGAAAGCCGCGCUGGAAAGAUUGCGCGCGCCAAAAAAGAAGCGAGAUGAGUUGUCUCCACCACGAACACGCGUCUACCGAGAAAAGUCAUCCAGAAGCCGAAGUCUUGAAAGACGUCGUGAGUCAAGAACUUGGCGAGGAAACUGA